CCGCGUCUCUUCAAAAGUGAGUGCGUGUGUGUGUGUGUGUGUACGUGUUUAUCGAGUCUUCCUGUUAGUCUGCGUUCACCAUGACAGCAUGUGGAGCUUUCAGACCGUUCAGCCUCGCAGCGAGACACAGCCGGAAAACCGCCACGGUUCAGGAGCUGUUAGCGCGGAAUGUGAAGUCACAGGCCGGAGACUUGAGUCUCCAGUCUGCCGCGGUUGCACCUGGGAAAUUAAAGAGCAUGGAUGAGCUGCCUGGUCCCAGUCUCUCCGCCACGGUUUACUGGCUGUUCGGGAAAGGAUAUGCAGAUAAAAGCCAUGCAUUACAGGUGGAGCACAAGCGCCUGUAUGGGCCAAUCUGGCGCUCACGGUUCGGGCCGUUUGACAUUGUGAACGUGGCGACAGCAGAGCUCAUCUCCCAGGUGAUCCGUCAGGAGGGACGGUACCCAGUGCGCAGUGCACUUCCACACUGGAAAGAGUACCUAGAUAUGAGGGGUCAGGCUUACGGGCUCCAUGUUGAGACGGGUGAGGAGUGGUACCGAAUGCGUGGCGCUCUGAAUCCAAAAAUGCUGAAGUUGAAAGAAGUAUUUGCAUAUGCUCAGGUCAUUCAUGACGUGGUGUCUGAUCUGCUGGAGAGAAUGGAGCGACUCCGCUUGCGCAGUCAGGACAAGAGCACCGUGUGUGACCUUGCCUCCGAACUCUACAAGUUCGGCUUUGAAGGUAUUUCCUCCAUUGUCUUUGAAACUCGCUUGGGCUGUCUGCAGGAGGAAAUUCCCACGGAAACGCUCUGCUUUAUCACAGCAGUUAAUAACAUGCUAACUCUGUCCGAAACCGUGCUGUUUUUCCCUCACUGGACUCGGAAGAUAUUUCCUUUCUGGAAGCAGUUCGUCCAGGCCUGGGAUGAUCUCUACGGUGUAGCACGGAAUUUGAUUGACAGGAAGGUGAAGCAGAUAGAGGAGCAGGUGCAGCGUGGAGAGAAGGUGGAAGGCAUGUACCUUACCUACCUGUUAUCAAGCAACAAACUUUCCCUGCCAGAGGUUUAUAUCACCAUCACUGAGCUUUUACUUGGAGGAGUUGACACGACAUCAAACACCAUGUCCUGGACUUUGUAUCAUCUUGCCCGUGAUCCGGAGGUGCAGAGUCGUCUCUAUCAGGAGGUGGUGUCUGUGUGUCCGGACAGGCAGCUGCCUACCACGGAGGACUUGAGCAGAAUGCCGUACCUUAAAGCUGUUAUCAAGGAGAUUCUCAGACUGUAUCCUGUCGUGCCUGGUAAUGGACGCCUCACCAUGGAAAAUGAGAUUGCUGUAGGUGGCUACUGGUUCCCAAAACAGACACAAUUCCAUCUGUGUCACUAUGCUGCGAGUCACGAUGAGAACGAGUUUCCAGACUCCGAAAGUUUCAUUCCAGAGCGCUGGCUGAGGGGGACACCAUCGCAUUCCCAACACCACCCCUACAGCUCCAUCCCAUUUGGAGUCGGAGUUCGGGCUUGUGUGGGGAGACGCGUGGCCGAACUGGAAAUGUACUUUGGUCUGUCUAGGGUCCCAGAGUCUGGAGGACGAGUGGAGAGGCACAGAAUCCAAGUAGCUUGCAGUCCUGUGUGAAGUUUCCACAGUCAGUGAUGAUUUGGGGGCCACGUCAUCUGCAGGUGUUGGUCCACUCUGUUUUCUCAAAUCAAGAGUCAAUGCAGCGUCUACCAGGAGAUUUUAGAGCACUUCAUGCUUUCAUCUGCUGACGAGCUUUAUGGAGAUGCUGAUUUCCUUUUCCAGCAGGACUUGGCACCUGCUCACAGUGACAAAACUACCAGUAACUGGUUUGCUGAGCAUGGUGUUACUGUGCUUGAUUGGCCAGCCGACUCGCCUGACCUGAACCCCAUAGAGAAUCUCUGAGAGACACCAGACCCAACAAUACAGACGAGCUGAAGGCCGCUAUCAAAGCAACCUGCGCUUCCAGAUCAAACACCUCAGCAGUGCCACAGUCUGAUUGCCUCCAUUCCAUGCCACAUUGGUGCAGUAAUUUGUGCAAAAGUACCUCUGGCCAAGUAUUGAGUGCAUAAAUGAGCAUACUUUUCAGAAGGUUGAAAUUUCUGUAUUAUAAAUUCUUUUUUAAUAUUUUGAGGUACUGGAAAAAAAAGGCUUGAAAUAUGUCACUUCAUGUGUAAUGAAUCUAGAAUAUAAGAAAGUUCCACUUUUUGAAUUAAAUUGCAGGAAAAAAUUUUUUUUCCCAUGAUAUUAAAAUUUUCUGAUAUGUACCUGUACGUGUCUUUUAUAUAACUUCUAUAACUUGGAGCUCUUGGUUGAGUAAAGUCUCUGGGCUUUCAUCCAGCUUGGGUUUGAUUAUUGUCUAACGAUCGAGAUAUGUAUAGUCCUUACACUGAAUUAUCUUUGAUUGCUGAUCCUGAGGUACCUUUUACCCCUUCUUG